AUGGAAAACCAGCUCUGGUAUGACAACGUGGGGUGCUGCAACCAACACCAAGAACAUCUCCAGGAUCCUGAAGACUUACUGCUCCUGCUGCUGGGCCUCAUCGUUCUUGUCAACAUUGGGAUCAACGUGGUGACUGUGAUGUGGCAGGGGCUCCAGAAUGGCUUAGAGAAGGUGAUCUGUUGGAUUAAUCGGAAAAAUGAAAUCUUAAAGGCCUGUGAAAGUUCCCCCAAAGAAUCCUCAGCCAAGGCCCAAGAUGUCCACAUUCACUGCACCCUGGACCCUGUAGAGGUGAAGAUGGCCCCGCCUGCUUGCUACCCCUCUUCCUCCUACCACCUUGGUCACAACUCCCGCUGCUGCCGUUGCCCUCGCAGCCGCCGCCGCCCCCGCAGUUGCCGCCCCGGCCCCCGCCGCGGCCCUGACCACCAUCACCACCCUUGCAGCCACCAGUGGGGGGUGAAGAACGGGAGGCACGACCGGCACAACCGCUCAGGCUUCCAUAGCCACCAUCACAGUCGCAAGAUGUCACAGCUGCGGCCCGUGCCCUUCUUCGAUGGGGAAGACCUGGACUCCUACCUGGAGGAGGAGGAUGACCUGGCUUUCCCACACCCCAAGUGCCCCUGGGGGCUCCGGAGAGAGCUUUACCAGCACAGGGGCCUGCCCUCCAAUCUGGGGCUGUGGGGCCGCCAGGGGGGGAUCCUGGCCAGCCUGCCACCUCCCUCUCUCUACCUCUCCCCUGAGCUGCGCCGCCUGCCCAAGCGCGUGGAGGCCAAGUCAGAACUGAGGCUGCAGUCCUAUGGGCCCCACUGUUCCCAGUCCCGAAUCUGGGGCAAUCUGGAGGCUGAACAGUGGGGCUCGUCCCCUCCACCCCUCUGCCGACUGCCCCCAAACCCUUCCUGGGCCCCCACGGGGUACAGCCCUUACACCUCGGCUGGCCAGCUGCUCUAUGACUCCUGGGACCAGCGGCGGCGGGGCACCGAGGGCUCUGAGCCUCCUUCUGCCCUGGUGCCCCGGGGCUCCCGGCCCGAGGCCCGGGAGCACUGUUCUCCACAGGCCCACAGGCGGAGCCUCCCCAGCCAUGCGUACAGCCAGCCCAACCGCAGCCCCCACCCAUCCACUGGCCACUUGGGCUACAGCUCCCGGGAUCCCCACGAGGUUCGGCGCCGAGCGGCUGAAUGGGCAGAGGCCCUACCUGCUCGGCACCCCCUAACAGCUUCUGCCUCCCUCACUAUAUUGGGUGAGACCUCAUACCAACGGGCCCCAGCCCCCAGCUCGGCCCUGCUCCCCCACUCUUCCCAGCCCCUGUCUGCCGACCAGACUCCCGAGCCCCCCCAAGCCCAGCCCACCUUCAUGCCGCUCAGCAGGAACCCAGGCGGCAAUGCAGGCUACCAGGUGUAUGACAGCCUGGAGCUGAAGCGACAGGUGCAGGAGAGCCGAGCGAGGGCCAGCUCUCUGCCUCCACCUUCCACCUCGGCCUCCAGGCCCUCCCUGCACAGGAGCCGGACUGGGAAGCUUCACUGA